AUGGACUUGGCAGAUUUAAAAGGGAUUCGGGUUUCCGGGGGUAUCGUCGUUACGUCGCAAGACCUUGUUGAGGAUGCUGGUCGUCCCAUUCUUCAAGACCGCACCUUUACAGCGAUUUGGAGAUUCUAUAAGUAUACGACUGGAAAGCGCGUCAAGGACUCUUUUUGGCACAUUUCAAACUGGAUCCCCACUAGGCCGAUUGAACAAGUCCCCGUUCUCACUCGCGGAUGGCGCACUGAAGAGUUUGCCCCCGAGACAAGCACCAAGUCUCCUCCCAAGCCGAAGACCAACGUCGAAAAGGCGCCUGCUUCGGCCAAGAAGCCCUUAGCAGAGAUGAAGAAGGAGUGUUUCCGUCUGGCGGCCGGCAAAAAACGCGAGGCUCAGCGUCUUAUUGGUAUCUUCGUGGAGACACUACGCAUUCGGACGGAUUCCGCGGAAGAGGCCCUCAGGAUCAAGCUGCCGCCCGGAAAGUUGACCGUGUCGGAAGAACAGCGCACUAAAGCGCGCAGAGGUGCUGCCUCGGGCACUGAGCGCGAGAUCUUCGACCACCUGUGCGAGCGGAUCAAGCCCAAGGAUUAUGUCGAGGAUGACGAUGAGGAUGCCACCGACAAAAAGAGAGAGAACAACUCCGACCUCAGGGAUUUGAAAGGAUUCGGAGCGAGAGAGCUCUUGCCCAAGGACAAGGACGAUGACAGGGACAAGGACAAGGGUAAGAAGGAGAAGACUAGCCUUGGAAUUGUCGUCAACUAUCUGAUCGACUGGCUUGUCACCGGUCAUUUCUACAAACCCAGUCGGAGGCGAGGUGAGAUCGAAGUCAAGAUGCCCUAUACUCCCACGUACGUCGUUCGAUCUGUGGCAGGUCAAUUGGCUGUGGAGCUGAAGAAGCUUUACGGGAACGGAAGUCAUGAACUGCGCAAGAAGGUCCUGACCGUGCAUAAGAAGGGCGUACUGGAUGCCAGUAUUGAUAUCGUGAUCCAGGAGCAGGUCUCGGCCUUCGAAAACUUCUUGUUCCUCAACAAGCUCACCAGCAGCAGCAGGCGAAUAGUACCUCUCACUACCUCACACCAGCCGUUUGUAUCGUUUUCAGAACGGAUUGACCAGCAGACAGAAGAAGAAGGCUGGACAUCGACCAGCUGUCUGGACGCGCUGGAUGAUAUUCGGUCGCAUUUGCAGCAGUUCCUGCAGGAGGAUGAGAAGGUCAAGAAGAAUAUCAAGGAUGAUGAUGAGGGCGUGUUCCACUGGGCUAUGUACAAGGAGAAGGGCUAUGUCCUUAGAGGGUCUAUUCUCACAGACGGGUUCCGAGUGAAGUUGCAGUCGUUCAAGCUUCGCGAGUUGCAGGAUGUGCGGUACCGUCGCUGGAAGGAAGAUCGAUUGCCAUCCAGGCUGACCUCGACUGUGGGCGGGAUUGACUUUUUUUUGCAGGAGAUUCGCAACGUGCUUACCUGCAAGGAGGACAUUGAACGAUUGUGGCCAGGAGUCGAUGUCAAGGACAUCAGAACUUUAACCUUGGAUGCUGGACAGGCCUGCAUUAUUGGAGCAUUCGCUCAUCUCCCCGAGGAAAUUGCGAAGAGGGCUCGCUCACUUGGAUAUCUUGUUGUAGGCCUAAAUGAAUAUUAUACUAGCAAAAAGUGCCCUAGAUGCGGACAGUUCGUGGGCCAGGUCGACAUGAGACGCUUCUACUGCUCCCAAUUCCAAGUUUUCCACCACAGGGACGUCAUGGCAGCUGAGAACAUGGCGAACAUUGUACAGGGCUAUCUCCUCGACUUGCAGCGCCUCGACUGUCUCCACCCAAUCGCCCCAGAUGGAAAUAUGCCCUGGAAGGAAGCAAGCAGCGGACUCGGAACCCCCUCCACCACAGGCCCCACCGCAACCAAAAUCGCUGCUACUAGUGGCCCCACCAGGGUUGCCCUUCGGUCCAAAGGUCAGCGGAAACGAUCGUCGACUGCUUCGAGUCUGAAGCAAGCCACCUCGAACCAGAGUCUGUGGUGUAUUGUUGACGGCGACCCCAUGUUGAGAGCCUUCGAACUGGUCAUACCAUCGAGUGUGACUACUCUUGGUCAACUCAGAAGCUACAUUCAUCUCAGAAAGCCUAUCUGGUUUAAGUAUCUGGAAGCAGAAGAUCUCACCCUUUGGAGCGUCUCGAUCCCAAUCACAAAAGACAACGAGGACACUCCCAUCCUGCUCGAAGAUGUCCCCAGCAGCGACAAGAACAAGCUCGGUCCAACAGACGAUGUUUCCGAGUUGUUUCAACAAGUACCACUCAAGAAAACGAUACACGUCAUUGUUCAGCGACCCCCACCAGCUGUGACAAUGAAGAGACUGCUUGAGCAAGAUCCUCAGUAUUUGCCUCAGAAGAAGAGGAUUCGUAUUGAGGAAGGUUGGAAGCCAUUUACGGCAUCUGACGGAAUCCUAGUGGAUUUGCCUCCCUAUUGGAUCGACAUACUUGCGAGCACCGAAUUUGUACCCAAACCGCGAGCAGCCUUCGAUCACCUCAAAGGCAACCUCCAAGCUGGCGACGCAAUCAUUGUACCGAGUAUGGGUCAAAACCCCAAGGACUUUGGACUUUACGGCCAAGAUCACAACCUUUUCGUCACCGAGCAAAUGCUGGAACUUUGGGAUGAAAUGCGUGGUGACCAAGAGUUUACGUACAGACGAAUCCUGUCCGGUCCGAUGGGUGUUGGCAAGUCGUAUCUCUCCUAUUUCCUCGCAGCAAGGGCGUAUGCUGAAGGGUGGCUUGUCCUCUACAUUUCGGAUGCCGGAGUGUUGGACAAGAACAAGCAGGACGAGUCAGCAUUGCAGGCGGUCAAGCGAUUCCUGGCACUCAACAAGGAUAUUUUGACCGGCGCCGAGAUGGAGAUGCUCGUGAACGACUACAACGGCACGGACGACAUAUCAGGGAAUGCUAUGUCAGUAAUCUUCGGGACGCUACUCAAGUCGCGGGAUCGGAAGACGCUGUUGCUUGUUGACGAGCAUGGAAAGUUGUUUGAAAAGGAGCCUUACGUUCCGGACAAGUUCAGGUCGCUGGUUCCUCUCUUGUUAUACAACUGGUGGGGUGAGGACGCCAAGGGGUCUCGGGUGGUUUUCACUGGCACCGCGCACGCCAAGUACGAGAUGGGGAUCCUGGAGGAGAGCUAUAGGUUCACGUCGUUGGUUCUUGUCGGCCCGCUAUCAAUGCAUGUAUUCUCCAAGCUACUGGACAUGUACCCUCGCCUGGCAGCACCAGCCAUCAGAAAGGAGGUCACAGCAAUCACGAACUGUGUUCCGCGAGAGCUUGUGCAUCUGUCAGUCUAUCUCGAGCUUUUCCCGGAUCCCAUCGCUAUAGACAACCUUCAAGUAUGGACGAGCAAGCGAACCAAGGUCUUCCUAUCGACCGCAAAGACGUACUACGAAAGUCGCACUCCGUUUAGGAAGAACGAUUUCUACGAGGCCCUCGUGCAUACGUUUCUUGGCAGCACUAGCAUAGUCGAUUUCGAAUGGGACUUCCUGGACCUAGGACUGAUUUAUCGGUGCAAGGACGUCGGUCGGAUCGGAACACACCACCACAUUUUAUGCCGUCCCGCCCAGAGGGCUCUUCUAGAGCUGUUCAAGAAUAUUUCGCUCCCUGACGCUAUCAAGAAGCGAAUUUGUGACGGCAGCCUCGAUGAGAACGAAUUUGAGGGGGUACUGUAUCAUCAGCUCAUAUGCGCCACCAAACCAAUUGUGCUCGGCACAACAGAUCUCAACGGCAAAAACCCUGAUACCAUUUCACUGGAUUUCUCCCUUUGUGAGACCCUCCGAGCCGGCAUGACCUGCCUUGAAUCCGACCACGAAAUGGCUCUGACCCGCGGCUACGACAGUCACCCUCGAUUUGACUUUAUGCUUGGACCAAUGUUCAUGCAAGUAUCCGUCAGCGACUUUGGAAAACACAAUACGGCGUCGGCAGAACUCGGCAAGGCUUUCAACGACAGGGAUAACAAUGGGACGAAUCAGAUUGAGCGUUACCUAAACGAUCUGUAUGGUCCCGGUCACUCCGCGAAGAUAGAUAACAGCAAGUUUAUUGUCACCAAGAACGGUGUGGAUGUGCUUGGAUUUCGCAUAGUCUACAUUUGUGGCUCUCCCGGCCAACCUUCGCACUCCAAAUGGGUCAAGAAGUUCCCAGAUGUUCGACAUGUCUCCUUCGAGGAAGUCAAGGAGAAUCUUUUCAAGAAUAUUGUUACAAGCACCGUUGCCAUUGCUCCCAUGACCACCUAA